AUGGCGACCAACCCGGCCAUGGCCCCUCCUCCGACGACGACCAAGCCCGCGAAGGACGACGAUGCCGGCACGCCGGCGACUACAAGCGGCGGCUCCCGUUCUCUCGUCGCCUGCGGCACCACAUGCGGAACACCGCGAAACCUGACCGGCGAGCUCGUCCCCUUCGUUAUGAGAAAGCGUCCUUCUCCGCUUUGCCCAACGUUGGGCGCACAGGUCUGGAUGACUUUUAAGGACGUGGAUCAGGCGUGCUACAUCGUCUACUACGAACAGGGGAGGAGGAGAUGGCUGAAGAAAUUCUUCAAGAUCAUGCCAGACGAGGAUAUGACUGGAAUGGUUAACACGCCCCGUCAGGCUCGUCGCAUCGAGAGACAGGCGCGCAUUCAAGUUCAGGCCCGCGCCGCUCGGCGUCAGGCUCUUCAAGCGGAGCUCCAGGCCCGCGCUGUGCGCCGUCACGCUCGUCAGGUUGCGAUCCAGGGCGUCGCUCAGCGUCAGGCUCAAGUUCAGGCUCGUCAGCUUAAGACCCAGGCCCAGGUUAAAGUUCAACCCUGGCCCAGGUUAAAGUUCAGACCCAGGUUCCAGUUCCAGUUCAGGCUCGGGUUCAUGUUCUGCUCCAAGCCCCGCGCCGCUCGGCGUGAGGCUAAAGUUCAGGCCCGCGCCGCUCGGGUCAGACCCGGCAGGACUUGA